AUGAACGAAUCAUCUUCUAAGAAGCUGGUUGAAUAUGAAGAUCAAGAGGGGAAACCAGAGAGUGUUGAUAAUGGGAUAGUUGAGCAACACCAAACGUUGCCUCAGUACUCAUCGGCUGCAGAGAGAAGACUUGUUCGGAAGAUUGAUCUGAAAGUUCUCCCGAUCAUGCUAAUUGCCUAUAUGAUGGCUUUCUUGGACAAACAGACCCUAAACUACACCGCUUUAAUGGGGAUCCGAGAGGAUCUUCAUCUAGUUGGGACGCAGUAUAGCUGGACCUCGGGAAUUUUCUAUUUUGGCUAUCUUGUCUUCUCUUAUCCCGCUUCGUUAUUGAUGAUUAAGUUCCCACUUGGAAAAUAUCUCGCCGUUAAUUUCAUUCUAUGGGCGAUUGUGCUUGCUUGCCACGCCGCCACAACUAACUUUGCCGGUCUCAUGGUAACCCGAUUUAUCUUGGGCUGUACAGAAGCGAGCCUUUCACCAGGAUUUACUCUCAUUACCUCUCUAUGGUAUCGUACAUCUGAGCAGCCCCUCAGGGCUGGUAUAUGGUUCUGUGGAAACUCUCUAUCCCUUAUCUUCGGCAACCUCAUUGCAGUCGGUAUUCUGCAGAUUGACAGCACUCUCAAAAGCUGGCAGUGGCUCUUUAUUAUAUUCGGCAUCCUCACCUUCCUGUGGGGCAUCGUAAUGGUUCUUCGGUUGCCCGAUUCACCUACUGAUGCCACCUUCCUCACUGAAGAAGAGAAGAUGAUUGCCAUCGAACGGAUGAAGGCGAAUCAGACUGGAUUCAAGAAUACCGAAAUUGACCGGAGUCAGAUUGCAGAGGCGUUCAAAGAUGUCAAGACAUUGCUCCUUGCUAUUUUCAUUCUAGCCUGCAAUAUUCCCAAUGGUGGCUUCACUACUUUCAACGGACUGGUACUACAAGGCUUCGGCUUCGACACAUUUCACACGCUACUGCUCGGCCUCCCGGGUGGGUUCAUAGUAUUCUUAUCUGUUUUGAUAUCUGGCAUUGUAUCUUCCAAGGUGGCUAAUAGCCGAUGCCUCGUUAUUGUGGGCAUGACCAUGAUUAGUAUCAUCGGGAGUGGUCUGGUAUAUGCUGGAACUUCCACAGCUGCCCGAUACGCGGGUUUACUCCUCAUGGGAGUUUACUCUGCGACCAUGCCUGUUUCCAUGGCCAUGAUCAGUUCCAAUGUUGGUGGCUUUACCAAAAAGGCAACUGUCAGUGCCAUAUACUUCAUAAUGUAUUGCACAGGAAACAUCAUUGGGCCGCAGUUGUUCUUUACGCGGGAAGCACCGAAGUAUCAGAGCGGUUUCUUGGCUAUAAUUGUUUGUCUCGUUAUUUGUGUCGUGGAUGGACUUGUUUUGUUCUUCUAUCUUCGCUGGGAGAAUGGCAGGAGAGAUAGACAGGGGCUGAAUGAUGAAUCGGCUUCUCCCGAGAAGCACACUGGAGGGGCACCUUCGACUGAAUUACUUGACACUACGGAUUUGAAAAAUAUGCGGUUCCGCUAUGUGUAUUAA